CUCUCUCAUCGAGUCGAGACGCACUCGGCAAUCCUCUUCAACAGUCAGAGUAAAGGCCAAGCUUUUACAACAGGCUCUUUAAGUUGGACUUCACUGUCUCUUGACUGGACUGAGUUGUUUGGGCCUUGUGCUGUGGAGUUCUUUUCCUGUCUUCUUCUACUUCUUCUGUCUCUCAACACCUCUGCUGCUGUGCCCGGCGGGAGGAAGAGACUGCUGACCCGCCAUGUUUCUCGCACUAGUGGUGACGCCAGAGCUGAGGGAGUUCCUGGCCAGAGCGAAAGGAGGAGGAGUGCGCCUCAUCAAGGUGCGCAUCCAAGACGAGCAGCUGGUGCUGGGGGCCUGCAGGGAGCCGGAAAAAAGCUGGGACCAGGACUAUGACUGCUUCCUGCUUCCUCUCCUGGACGACCAGGAGCCCUGCUAUAUUCUCUAUCGACUCGACUCCCAGAAUGCACAGGGCUACGAGUGGAUCUUCAUUUCGUGGUCACCUGACCAGUCUCCAGUGAAACAAAAGAUGUUGUACGCUGCCACCCGCGCCACAGUGAAGAAAGAGUUUGGUGGAGGCCACGUCAAGUACGAGAUGUUUGGCACAGCUGAGGAGGACAUCUGUUUGCUGGGCUACCAACAUCAUGUGUCAUCCUGCUCAGGUCCUGCCCCGCUCACAUUAGCCGAGCAGGAGCUCCAGAGAAUCAAAAUCACAGAGGGCCGAGUUAAACAGGUGAAGACAGAGAUCAGCGUGGAGACAAAGCACCAGACACUUCAGGGCCUUGCUUUCCCUCUGCAAGAGACAGCCAGAAGAGCCCUGCAGCAACUGGCCCAAAAACACAUCAACUACAUUCAACUGAGGCUGGACGUACAGAAGGAGAUCAUCGAGCUGGUCCAUUCCAACCCGACAGAAACUCGAGAUCUGCCCAGCAGAGUUCCCAAAGACACUCCCAGAUAUCACUUCUUCCUCUACAAACACUCCCACGAAGGAGACUACCUGGAAUCUGUCGUGUUCAUAUACUCCAUGCCAGGGUACAGCUGCAGCAUCAAGGAGCGAAUGCUGUAUUCCAGCUGUAAGAGUCGACUACUGGAGGAUGUGGAGAAAGAUUACAAGUUGGAAAUUGCUAAAAAGUUGGAGAUUGAUAAUGGAGAUGAACUGACGGAGGAUUUCCUGUACGACGAGGUCCAUCCUAAGCAACAUGCUCACAAACAGGCCUUUGCUAAGCCCCGCGGUCCAGCAGGGAAAAGGGGACACAAGCGUCUCAUUAAGGGGACAGGGGAGUCCAUGCAGAGCAGCUAGAUGUGGACGAAACCUCUCUGUAGCCCCUAACCCACUAACACCCCCAUCAAGCACAGAGGGAUGAGCAAACUGAUGGAUGUCCUCUUUGUGUCCUGAAUUACAAUAUACACAACAAAUCUGUUUUUAAUAGAAAUGUCUCUCUCUGUGUUUCUGAUUGUCUUUUCUGUUUGUGAUGAUAUUCCUCUGUAAAAUAAGACAAAAAAAUGAUGAUAAACUUGAAUUACACUCAGUAGAACACAUACCUUCGCCAAGGCCCCUAUCCACGGCAAAAACUGUUACCAUACAGAGGCUGAAAAAAAUCCUGCCAACCAAUUUUUUGGGGAUUGGCAACAAACUUUAUAAACACGUAUUUCAGUCCUCUAAAUAUCCCUGACUUUUUCCAUCAAGAUCAAUUAAAAAACAAAGAUCCAUGCAUUAUUCUCUGGUAAAUCAGUGAAAAUGUCACAAAACCUCUUAUCUCUUGAAUCUGCCUUUUUGUCCAAAUUUACACAGUUUCUUCUUUGGCCCAUGAUCCAUCUUUCCACAAAGUUUCGUGGAAAUCAGUUUUUGCGUAUUCCUGCUUACAAACCAACAAACUAACAGACGGGUGAAAACCCAAACUCCUUGGUGAAGGUAACAAUAUGAAUAAAAUAUCAAAGAAAGCACGUGUUGAUGACCUCCUGUUUGUAAUAGAGUCAGAUUAUCUAGUAAUGGAGAUACCCUUCUGUCUUCCAUAUUGUUAUUAAACAUACAUAUGUAGUUUACACUGUUGUGGGCUACUGACGUGUACAUUCUUCAGAUGUUUCAGUCCCUGUUUUGUAUCAACAAUGUUUGUAAGAAAAAUACAAUAUGAAAGGAAACUAAAUAAAGCCUUGUUUAUACUGUGGUA